AUGGCCCUCAGCCCUGUGAGGACGCUGAGAGGGGUGGGCGGUGGAAGAGGCGGGGCUGCCUGCUGGGUGUGGCUGGGGGAUGACGAGCGCCGGCGGUCUGGCUGUUUUUCCGGAGUCAGGGUGUCUCCAUCCUUUCUGCAGGCUUUCCGCCCAGAGGCCUCUGCUGACUUCCUGCGGUCACUCACCGCCCUGCCUGGGAGGGCCUGGUGUCUGCCCCUGGACUUAGCUCCUGUGGGCUCCUCAUUGCCCCCAGGGGGGUGGGGCGGGGGGAGGGACCCCGGGAAAGGACGGGGAACCCCCAGGGACGGGAGCAGCUGGCCCCUCCUGCGUCCCAGCACUGUUCCCGGCGCAGCCCGGCCGAGCCGGCUGGUCCCUCUCAUCUGCCGGGUCUGGAGGCGGACCUCAGCUCGCACCUCCGAGGUCCCGCGUCAGCCUGGGCCCGGCUACCGGCAGGGCCCGGAGCAGCCGAGGUCCGGCAGGGAGGCAAGCCUUGGAAAGCCGUCCGUCCCCCUAGAAGAGGCGUUGUCCUGCCGGGAAGUCCCCCACCUCCGGCAACCUGUGCGCAGAGUCCCACGCUCCUCCUUGCAAUCGGGGUUGGGAGAUGGCGUGGCCCGCCUCCUUCACUUCGAAGCCGAGGAAGCUGCUGUCCUGAGAGGGAAUUCAGCGCCCGCGGUACCACAGCCGGCGAGGAUAAAGCCCCAGCCUCUUAGCCCAGCCCCCAAGCCUUUCCCAGUUGGGCUUCAACCUGACUGUCCAGCCUCAUCUCCCACCAUGUGGACCCCAUGCUCCUUCCUGCCUUGUCACACCCUCCUCGAACAUGGCGCGACACCCUCCUCGAUCAUGGCGCGACACCCUCCAGGCCUCUCAGGCUCUGUCGGUGCCGUUCCCUCUGCCUCCAACACCCUUCUCUGCUUCUCCACCUGACAAGCUCCUUCCCAUUGUUAUGACCCACCUCAGCCAAUGCAGGAGACCGGGGAUUCCAUCCUGGGUCAGGAGGAUCUCCUGGAAGGGGAAAUGGCAACCCACUCUCCUCUUCUUGCUCGGAAACAGAAGAGCCUGACGGACUACAGCCCAUGGGGUCGUAAAAAGUCGACAGGACUGCGCAUGCACGUGCUCGUGCGCUCUCAUGUGCGCACCGCGGAGCAACUCAGCCCCUGGGCUGCUACUGAGCCUGCGCUCUAGAGCCCGAGUCGCAACUACCGAGCCCACGUGUCAGGACCACUGAAGGCCAAGCACCUGGAGCUGGUGGCAGUGAGAAGCCCUCACACCACAACUAGAGAGUAGCUCCUACUCACAGCAGCUAGAGAAAAACCCACACAGCAACCGAGACCCUGCAUGCA